GUGGGGUGGCUCAAGGCGGAGGACCAGACAGUCCUGAGCCUUCACAACAAGGUCGUGACGCAGAAUUCACGGAUCAGCGUGACACACGACAAUCACCGCACGUGGCAGCUGCACAUCCGUCAAGUGAAGGAGUCCGACCGUGGUUGCUACAUGUGUCAGAUCAACACCAGUAUCAUGAAGAAGCAAGUGGUCUGCGUUGACGUGCACGUGCCUCCUGACAUCCUCUAUGACGAAACAAGUACGGAUUUAUCUGUUCAAGAGAACGAGAACGCAACGCUCGUCUGCAAGGCAACGGGACAUCCCCCGCCACGGAUCACGUGGCGCAGAGAGGAUGGCGAGCCUAUUCUCCUGCGCCGGGGACCAAGGGACCCCAUACCAGUGAAAGCCUUCAACGGGAGUUUGCUCCACUUCUGGCGCCUGGAUCGCAAACAGAUGGGAGCAUUCUUGUGCAUCGCAUCUAACGACGUUCCUCCAGCCGUGAGCAGGAGGAUCAUACUCAACGUCAACUUUGCUCCGGUCGUCAAAGUGCCGAAUCAGCUCCUGGGAGCGCCGCUUGGGACGGACGUACAGCUGCAAUGUUAUGUUGAGGCGUUUCCCAACACCAUCAACUACUGGAUUAAGAACCACGGAGAAAUGCUACUGGAUGG